AUGAACCUCAAGACCAUCCUAGCCCUCUGCGCCAUGGCCAGCAUGGCCACCGCCGCUCCAGCAGGAGAUUUAGAAAAGAGAGAUUGCCCUGCUGGCAAGAAACGAUUUUGCUGCGACACUUUUUUCCCCGUCAAUAUCCUUUUCGUCCGUGCGGUUGGGACCAACUGCGCACUCCAACAGAGCAUAAUCGGAAACUGUCCGUCGGGACAAGUACAGGGUUGUUGCGCCAGCAACCUUCCUCUCAGUGGUGGGAGUCUUGCUUGUACCGCGUUGUAA